AUGAUGGGAGAUCAGUUUCGGAAGGUUGAAAAUUAUUCUCCAAAAUCAUCUCCUCGAGGGGCAAGGUCCCCUGUUGUAUCGCGUCAAGAUUCUUCGGGAACAUUAAAAACAACAAUUUUGCUAGGAAAGAAUCCUUCCAUAGUCCCUAGUGGACCUUUCUAUUUAAUGAAAGAACCGCCUGUCGAAUCAGAUUUAACGGGGGCUACAAAUUUGAUGACAUAUUAUGGCCUAGAACAUUCCUAUAGUAAAUUCAGUGGUAAGAAGUUAAAAGAACAACUGUCUUCCUUUUUGCCAACUCUGCCUGGAGUUAUAGAUUCUCCCGGACAGCAAGAUAAUAGCUCUCUAAGAUCUGUUAUUGAAAAACCUCCAGUUGGUGGAAAAGAAUUAUUGCCACUGUCAAAUAUUCAGCUAGAUGGAUUUCGUCUCCACCCUGGCCCACUUCCGGAACAAUAUCGUUAUGCAAAUGCAACUCCUAUAAAGAAACACAAAAACAAACAUAAGAAACACAAGCACAAAGAAAGUGGUUUACCCAGUCAGGAAACUGCUGUAUCUGACACAAGUAGUGAAACCCAUGAAAAGAAACACAAAAAGCAGAAAAGACAUGAUGAAGAAAAGAGGAAAAGAAAAAAGGAAAAAAAGAGGAAGAAGCAAAAGCACAGUCCUGAACAUAGUUCUGGUUUAACACCCAGUCAACAUUCUAUUUAA